AUGCCUCAUACUAGGCUUCUCCUGCUUCUGCUCUUACUGUGCAUGGCUCGGUCAAGCCUUCACUACAAGCUGUACAAAGCAGAGUCUAUAUUCAGCUGUUUGAAGGAAGUCCUAGAAGAAGCCAAGAGGAGAAGCCUGGAAGUCAACUCAGUUCUUAGUAAGAGGGGCUAUGACUAUGGACCAACAGAUGACCUUCUUUCCCAAGAGGAGGAAGAUGAAGAUGAGAAAGAAAAAAGGACUUUCCCUGCGGCACGUUACAGAUACCUCUCCCAAGCCCAGGUGAAAGGAAAAGUCUAUCAGAACAAGGCAAAAAGUGACCGCCGGACCAAAUUCACACUUUCACUGGAUGUACCGACCAACCUUAUGAACAUUCUCUUCGAUAUUGCAAAGGCUAAAAACAUGAGAGCAAAGGCUGCAGCUAAUGCCCAACUCAUGGCCCAAAUUGGCAGAAGAAAGUAA